AAAAGUUUUGGAAAACUAUAGUGGCAUUUUGAUGCCUAAUACAGAACAACCCUUUCGCCUGAAUUGGGCAAGUUUUAGCACAGGUGAAAAGCGUUCAGAAAAUGGUCCUGAUCUUUCUAUCUUUGUUGGAGAUUAUUUGUUGUACGAAACUUUUGCUAAUAAAUAUCCUUCUGUUAAAGCUGCAAAAGUUGUAAUUGAUGCCAAUACUGGUCGAUCAAAAGGCUAUGGUUUUGUGAGGCGUAUGCGCGUUGGUGCUGCAACACCCAGGAAGUCGACUGGAUAUCAACAACACUAUUCCUCACAAGGUGGAUACAUGUCAAAUGGUGCUUCAGCUCAAUCUGAUGCUGAUUCCUCAAACACUACAAUAUUCGUUGGAGGGCUUGAUCCUAAUGUUACUGAUGAAGAGUUGAGGCAGCCUUUCUCUCAAUAUGGUGAAAUCAUCUCUGUCAAAAUACCUGGUGGAAAAGGAUGUGGGUUUGUACAAUUUGCAAACAGGAAAAAUGCUGAGGAGGCAUUGGAGAAGUUGAAUGGCGCGGUAAUUGGCAAGCAGACAGUUCGUCUUUCUCGGGGUCGCAAUCCUUCAAAUAAGCUGUUUAGAGCUGAUUUUGGCAACCAGUGGGGUGGACCUUACCAUGGAGAGCAAGUAUUUGAUGGUUAUGGAUACGCAUUGCCGCCACCUCAUGACCCAAACGUAUAUGCAGCAGUGGCUGCAGCUUACGGUCCUUACCCUCUCCAUGGCAGCCAUCAAUGAGAAACAAUCAUUUCAUGGGCGGCGGGUUCCACCAUCUUCGGAUUUUCCUCAUUGCCUUUGAAUGAAUUGUUACUUUAAUUAGUUUAGGUUGGAAUUUUUUAAUAAAAAUAAAAAAAUUUU